CUGAAGCCAGCGGACAAAGCUCCAGACUUUCCUGGGAUUUGGUAUUUCAUUGCCUUGACCUCGGAUACCUGUGUGGUUACCACAUUACUGAAUUAUGUGUUGUGGCCAAGUUAUUCAAUGAAUAUUACCUCCAUGAACACACCCAACGUCUAUAAUGCCAACUAUAGGAUUAAAACAUAUGGAUAUUGUGGAACUGAAUCCGAAGAUUUUUUGUUUGAGAACAACACGGUCUUUGAUGACGACGUCAACAAUUUCCCAGUUAUUCAACCAGAGAUGCUGCUGCAGAGUGGCUGCUCUGACUGCUUCAUUGUAAAGAGGAAGGACAAGAACAUUGAUAUGCUCAUGCUCUUCAGUAGGAGGCAGAACGUCUCCGCUGCUGAGCUGAAUGAGUUUGAGAAACAGGCAGAGUGCCUCGGCUGGGCCAAACCAGAGGUCCUAAACUCAGAUCAUGAUUUUGAAAACUGUCUGGACGAUGUCGACAUUGAUAAUCCGGAAUUAUUACCCUUGAUUUUUCAAAGACUGCGCAACAAGUAUGAAGUCCCCUUCAAGUGUAUGUCAGAGAGUGCUCAAACAUUCCACAAGGCUGUCUAUGAGUGGGCUCAGCAACAGUGGGCCACUCUCUGGUGAAUGUGCUAGUGAUCUUCAGAGAUCUUCCUCAGAGUCUCCAGUCAACAGGGGGUCUCCAAAUUCUUGUUGAUUUUUGAACUUAAUUUUACAUAACAUAUAUAGUAAGGGGUCCCUGCACAGUUCCUUUUUCAGUUAAGGGGUCCUUGCCUUCAAAAACAUUGAAGAUCCCUGAGCUAGGGCACUGCUAUAGCCUAAUAAAUAUUCACUCACAUAAUUAUAUUUUUGUUAAAUGGUGCUACCCUACUCAAGGUGUAUAAAUUGUUUAAAGGGAAUCGGCUACUGUUAACGGUAAAGACUCUCAAAUGCCACAAAACAACCUUUUUGUAAUUCAGUUUUUUUGUGGUAAUCUGCAGCGCUUUCUACUGCAAAGACAAUAUAUUCUCUCUUUUAGACAAUUCAAAAUCAUCAUCACUAAUAAUGAAUGACUAAACAAGGUGUACUUAAUAAUAAAUAGAUUUUCCUUGUUCUUUUUAUUUUCAUCUUUUCUUUUUUAAUAAAGAAAUGACAACAAACCACUGAAGUCUAAAAGUUUUUUGCAAUGCAGACAGAAAUCACACAUCUGCACUGCACACCCUGAGUCAGGAUUUAAGCGAGAUAUAUGGUUGUGUG